AUGAAAGCAUGGACGGCGCACGAGCAAGACACGACGCUAUCGUGUUGUCGCACGCUGCACGUCAAACACGCCGCCUACGCGAGCGCCCUCUACACAUUGAAUAUAUCAAUACUGGUGGUCCUGUUGUAUAGUUGGAGGAUCGGCGUCAACGCAAAGAGGUUUAAGGAGUUGGAUGAUGUUUACUAUGGUGUACAGAUAGCUUAUUUUGCAAUAAUAGGAACACAGAUGUUCAUGAUUAUUUUAAGUAUAUUCCUGCUCUACGGGAUUUAUAAAGAAAAUAUUGCCUUCCUAGUUCCGUGGGUAGUGGGCUGUAUGACGUUCAUGGCGCUAGAAGCAAUGGCCAUGGUGUACUCCAAUAUACUUAGAGAUCAUGUUAACAAGCAAUUCGACGCUAUGUGCAAAGCGGAAAUUUCAUUUUUAAUACCAAGGAUACUACUGAAUUGCCUAUGCAUAUGGUGCGUCCUCCGACUAUACCACCUGCUGCGCGCGGGAGUAAGCUGGAAGGGCGCGGCGCCCAUCGAGCUGUGACUAAUGCCGGCUGCGCCCGCCGGCCGCGCCUGCGAGUCGACGCUGCUGCUGGGCGGCGCCGAGAGCGACACCGACGCGAGCGUGCACUCGCUAUGACGACUGGUAGCCCCUCCCGCGACGGCUGUGUCCGCGGAAUCGGUUAAGUUUGUUAGAUACCAAAAUCAAAAUCAAAAAUAUAUCAUUCAAUUUUGACCACUACUGUUAC